AUGGUUAGGGAAGACAGAUCUACAUGGAAGGCUAACUACUUCCUUAAGUUGGUAGAACUUUUCGAGGAGUACCCCAAGUGCUUCAUCGUAGGAGUCGACAAUGUCGGAUCCAAGCAAAUGCAAGAGAUCCGUCAAGCCAUGAGAGGAAGCGCUGCUAUUCUUAUGGGAAAGAACACCAUGAUCCGCAAGGCUAUCCGUGGACAUCUCAACAAGAACCCAGCUCUUGAGAGAAUCCUUCCUUUCAUCGUCCAGAACGUUGGAUUCGUCUUCACCAAGGAAGAUCUUUCUGAUGUUCGCUCCAAGCUUUUGGAGAACAAGAGAGGAGCCCCAGCUAAGGCCGGAGCUAUCGCUCCUUGUGAUGUCAAGCUCCCACCCCAAAACACCGGAAUGGGACCAGAAAAGACUUCUUUCUUCCAAGCUCUUCAAAUCCCAACCAAGAUUGCUCGUGGUACCAUUGAAAUCCUCAAUGAAGUCCACCUCAUCAAGGAGGGAGAGAAGGUCGGAGCUUCCGAAGCUGCUCUUCUUAACAUGUUGGGAAUCACUCCUUUCUCAUACGGAUUGGUUGUCCUUCAAGUUUACGACAACGGAACCUUGUACUCACCAGAGGUUCUUGACAUGACCACCGAGGAGCUCCGCAACCGUUUCAUGGCUGGAGUUCGCAACGUUGCUUCCGUCUCUCUCGCCAUCAAAUACCCAACUCUCGUCUCCGUUGCCCACUCUAUCGCUACUGGAGUCCAAAACAUGCUCGGAGUUGCUGCUGUUACAGACGUCACCUUCAAAGAGGCUGAGAAGCUCAAGGCUUACCUUGCUGACCCAAGUGCCUUCGCUGCCGCUGCUGCUCCAGCUGCUGCUGCCGCUACCACAACUGCUGCUGCCCCAGCUAAGGCUGAUGAGCCAGAGGAGGAUUCUGACGACAGCAUGGGAAUGAACUUGUUCGACUAA